AUGGUCAAGGCAGUCAAAGGCACGCUGAUUGAAUGCGACCCAGCCGCGCGCGAGGUCCUGCUGAAGGUCAACCAAAAGGAAAAGUUCAUUAUCGAGGAGCUCGACAGCACCCACUUGUUCAUUACCUCCAGCCACCUCGAGCGCGUGCGCGGCGUGCUCGACCAGCUCAUGAACGACAACACAUACAAGAUCGAUACCCCAUCGUGA